AUGUCUAAUCGUAAAGCUCGAAUGGCACGAAAUCGUCAAAAACGAUUACCGAUUAACCAAAGGUCUAAUCGUUCACAAUCACAUUCUCAGAACUCGGCUAGUUCCAAUAAUGGUACACAACGAUCGUGUGCAAGUGCACGUGACUCAGUUUUAGUAUUAAGUCAGCAAUCAAUGACUAAUAGUGAUACUUCUUCUCAAACAUUACAAGAUCAGAUAAGAUCACUUUCAGAACUAACAUUAUCAACAAUAGAACAGUUUGAAAUUUCAACUGAACGAAUAACUCGUGAAUGUGUUGUAUGUGUUACAGAUAAGUCUAUCGAUCAAUUUGAAGGUAUUUUUGCUGAUACAUGUGUGCAUAUUGAACGAACAGUUUGUAAUUCAUGUGUUUAUGAAAAUACGAAAUGUCUUGUCGAAGAUUCAAUGAUUUAUUUUGGAGAUGUUUCAUGUCCAGAACCAAAUUGCAAUGGAAAAUUUGACUAUAAUGGAAUUCGACAAAUUCUUCUUUUCAUAGGAAAAAAUAAACAAUUAUUUGAAAAAUAUGAUCUACAUUUAAUGUAUCGACAACUUGAACAUAUGCCUGAAUUUCUUUGGUGUGCAUAUAAUUGUGGUUCAGGUCAAUUGUACGAAACAGGAUCUUCAAAUCCUGCAGUUACAUGUAAAAAAUGCAAUCGUCCUACAUGUUUUAAACAUCGUGUUGUUUGGCAUACGGAUAUGUCAUGUGAUCAAUAUGAUCUUUUAAAUAAUCAACCAUCAGAAACUGAUGCAACUAACAAAUGGUUAGAAAUAUUUGCUAAACAAUGUCCACAAUGUCAUUGGCAUAUUCAAAAAUAUGAAGGAUGUGAUCAUAUGACAUGUCGUCAAUGUAAGCAUGAAUUUUGUUGGAUAUGUUUUGUUGAUUAUAAACUUAUUGCAAGUAAAGGUGCAAGUCAACAUAAAACAACAUGUAGUCAUUAUCAGGUAAAACAGUUUUCAUAGGAUUCAAGCUCAAAAAACAGUAUUUUCAUAUAUAAAUUUAUUUUAGCCGGAAGCUUCACCUACGACUGAAGCUACUUGAUCUAAUUAUUCAUGAUCUCAGAUUUUUAUAAUACUGCUUUCUCAAAUUUUUUUCAACUGUCCAUUUCAGAAUAAAUAUUUUAUUUUAUUUCGAAUUCAUCAACUUAUAAGUAUGUGAUGGUGUGGGUGUGGGUGUGGGUGUGUGGGUGUGGGUGUGUGGGUGUGGGUGUGUGGGUGUGAGUGUGGGUGGGUGGGUGUGGGUGUGGGUGUGUGUGGGUGUGGGUGCGGGUGUAGACUAGAAGGGUGACUCACACUCACACACUCACACCCACACCCAUACCUUCAUCAUCUACAUGAUGUAGAACUGCUCAAAGUGUCCCUGCAAAUGUAGGUGGAAUUUUAAAAAGGGGUGUGGGUGUGGGUGUGGGGUGUGGGUGUGGGUGUGGGUGUGGGU